AGAGGGCGCGAGUGUCGAGCUUCCGUGGCGUCUUGUGUUUUGACAGUGCAGUUCCAUUUUUUCGUCGCGAAGAAAAUCGCUUUUCUGGGCCUCGCUCUUCGUCUGGGGCGCUACUUGUGAGCACAAAUUCACACAGAAGGAGCUUCUACUUGGUAUCGUGUAUUGGGCGAUUGAUGAAAUGUACGGCAAAUCGAAGAAUUCCACGGUGCCGUCUGACGCCCAGGCGAGGGAGAAACUCGCACUAUAUGUGUACGAAUAUCUGCUGCACGUAGGCGCACAGAAGGCAGCGCAAACUUUCUUGUCGGAGAUUCGAUGGGAGAAAAACAUCACACUGGGCGAGCCACCAGGCUUCCUGCACUCAUGGUGGUGUGUCUUCUGGGAUCUGUAUUGCGCUGCUCCAGAGCGUCGUGAUCAGUGCGACCAUUCGAGCGAGGCCAAGGCCUUUCAUGACUACGGUUUUGUGAGCUCCGGAUACGGCGUGAAUGGUAUGCCACACAACACUGGUCCUGCUCCGAGUCCACUGGGGCAAAUGGCGCCCAAUGAUGGGAUGUCCGGAGGUCCAAUGGCACCCAACUUCUUCCCUCCGUUCAUGGGCGCUCCGCGAUAUCCGCAAGGGCCUCGUCCUGGUGUUCGAAUGCCGCAGGGCAUGGGAAAUGAGUUCAACGGGCCACCAGGACAGCCGAUGAUGCCCAACAACAUGGAUCCGACACGUCCGGGUGGACCACCGGGCAUGGGACCGAUGAAUCCGCGCAUGAAUCCUCCGCGUGGCCCCGGUGGCUACGGUCCGGUCGGUAUUCGUCCCCCACCGCCCAACAGCAUGAUGGGAGGUCCAGGGCCUGGUAUGCCGCCAGGCAUGGGCAUUGCGGGUCGACCACAGUGGCAGCCUAACACGUCUUGCUCCGCCUCGUCACCCGGAACGUACGGCGGACCUCCUGGACCUGGCACACCUAUCAUGCCGUCUCCGCAGGACUCCAGCAAUUCGGGUGGCGAGAGCAUGUACACGAUGAUGAAACCAGUGCCCGGAGGCAACAUGGGCGGAGAGUUCCCGAUGGGCGGCGGGCCGGAUGGUGGUCACAUGGGCCCAGUGCUGAGUGGCGACGGUAUGGAUGGUAUGAAGAACUCCCCGGCCAAUGGGGGUCCCGGAACGCCCCGCGAAGACUCCGGCAGUGGCAUGGGUGAUUACAACUUGGGCGCAUUCGCGGGACCAGGUGAAAAUACGGAAUCAGCGGCAAUUUUGAAGAUUAAGGAGAGCAUGCAAGAGGAGGCGAAGCGCUUCGAGAAGGAUUCCGAUCAUCCAGAUUACUUCAUGCAGUAGAGAGAAUCUCUUGCUUUUCUUCUCGGGCUGACUUAUAAGAAUUAUUAUAUAAGCUUAAAUAUGGAUUGGAUAUGAUAAUCUGUAGUAGAAUGGCAUGUGUAAGUUAAUUUUAAAUGUUUAAAAUCACUGAAAAUCAUAUUGAAUAAAUUUAUGAUGAAUAUCAAG